GAGUGCGCGUGCGAGGCGCGCGCCCCACCUCUGCCUGCGCGCGCGCUACUUAGAGUCGGGGGUGCGAGCCACCUCCGCCAAUCCACCGACAACCUUCGCGGCACGCACACGUGCGCUCGACUCAACUUACACUCGAAUUUUAACGCGAUGCCGAUGGCUACGAUACACGCUUACCAAAAUCUUGGUGUUAAUCAAAAACUUACACAACUUCAAAAUCAGCCGCCCAGACGUCUGGCCCCGGCACCUGAUGCGGGACGGUGCAAGAAGAGAUCGUAUCUGCAUCAGACGUAUCCAGCUCAACCUGCUUCAGUUGCACGCAGGAACGCCAGAGAAAGGAACAGAGUGAAACAAGUAAACAAUGGAUUUGCUGCCCUCCGUCAACACAUUCCAUCAGCUGUUACCGCCGCACUUGCUGGCGGAAGAGGAUCUUCAAGAAAGCUUAGCAAAGUUGACACUUUACGAUUAGCUGUUGAAUACAUUAAAAGUUUAAAACGGUUACUAGAAGAAAGCGAAGAAGGCUGUUCCGAAACGCAAAUGAGUUUAGGAUUAAAUACAAGUGGUCCUCAAACUCCCCCUUCAUCAGAAGAAUCUCACUCACCCGCUCCAUCCCUUUUAUCGGAAAGCUCAGCUAGUGCCAAUUGUCACGAAGUUUAUGAUUCCUACGAGCCCAUGAGUCCUGAAGAUGAAGAGCUUCUAGAUGUUAUAUCAUGGUGGCAACAACAGUGAACUGAGGUACCGAGUUGACGGUGAUCAAAGUGAAGGCAUUAAGCCGCGUAUUGGUUGU